GCCUGGGUCUGCAGAGCAGAGGGUGAGUGAGGCAAACACAACCCAAACUGGGGGGCUUCUCUUCAAAGCCAGCUGGUCUGGCUUUAUUCUACAGGAAAUUUUUUACCUGAUUUUUUUGAUCCACAAAGCCCUCAGCAGGUGCUGACGGGUACAACUUCCUGGAGAAGCAGAAGAAGGGCACUGGUGCCGAACAAGAAUUGUAAACUGUGAAGUAACUACACCAUGAGAAAGAUUAAGUAAAGCAUUGGAGGCGGAUGAUUUUGACAAUAAAGAGGGUGUAUGUGCUCGGGAGAAGAGAGUCAUUCGUUUGGGAUUGUGGGAGAGGUAGAGAAAUAGAGACACGGAGAAAGAGAAGAAAAAGGAGGAAGAGAGAGAAGCAGAAAAGGACACCUCAUCAGGAGUGUAGUUUCAAUCCUUUUCUCGCCUCCCCCUUCCCCUCCGCGAUGUUUCAAAGGCUGUGAGCUAUUCGUCUUUUCCCAUUCGCCUGCUGCCACUUCCUUCCUGGACGAUCUCAGGACGAGUCCGGUUACUUUUAAUCCGACCAGCAGCUCAGCCACUUUCUCCUCCUCCACGCAGCACACACGCGCGCACAGACACACAGACACACAGACAGACACACGCGCGCGCGCGAGCACACCCCAGGCACCUUCUGGCUGCUUAUUGGAUUGACUUUGAAGGUUGUGUGUGUGAUUCAAGGCGGCUGCAUGUUGAACCAGGUGGUGAAUAUUUAAGACUGGAAGAAGAAGAGGGAUUUUUUUCUUUUUCCUAUGAAAGGAAAAUAUCUGAAGGACCAGUCUGAUCAGCCAAACAGCUAACCGUUUACAACUUUGCUUUUGAACAGAUACAUACCAUGCCUAAUGAAGCUCUGAAUUCUAGGAUAGGAGUUAGAAACAUGAAGAGGUGUUUGAAUAUGAGGACAGCGAGCAUGCUACUCAUUAGAAACAAAGGUACCAUUUGAAUAAAACAUUUCAAAAGAAGAUCUUCUUGUCUUCUCUUCUGGACCACCCUGGGAAGAAUGUAUAAAGAUGUACCACUUCUUUGAUCAAGAGCAUUAUAAGCAGACUUAAGCAGUUUUCUAAGUCCCUCUUGGGUGUACGUGUGUACUUGCCAUUCACACAUCCUGAAAUGAGAUGGAAUGUGAAGUUCCAAACCAGUGGGAAUCCAAUCUGUAUCAUCCUGCGUAGAGAGAUCCUUCUUGUCAAGAUGCAGCCAGAAGGCAGAAAGCAAAUAGCUUCAGCCAAUGAUGUAUGGUGAGCUAAUGCUAACAGCAGGAACGGAUGCAGGGGACUGUGAACUGAGUGGUGCAAGUGCUGAAGAAGGAGGUUUGUUUUGAGGAAACAGGAAAGAGGAAUAAAAGAAGGGAAAAAUACGUAAUUUUAAGGAAGAAGGAGAGAAAAAAAAACGGGGACUAUGGGGAGAAAAAAGAUUCAGAUUACAAGGAUUAUGGAUGAACGUAACAGACAGGUGACUUUUACGAAGAGGAAAUUUGGGUUAAUGAAGAAGGCUUAUGAGCUUAGUGUUCUGUGUGACUGUGAGAUUGCUCUAAUCAUCUUCAACAGCACCAACAAACUGUUCCAGUAUGCCAGCACUGAUAUGGACAAAGUGUUGCUGAAAUAUACGGAGUAUAAUGAGCCACAUGAGAGUCGAACAAAUUCAGAUAUUGUUGAGACAUUAAGAAAGAAAGGACUUAAUGGCUGUGACAGUCCAGAUCCUGAUGCAGACGAUUCAGUAGGUCACAGCCCUGAGUCUGAGGACAAGUACAGAAAACUUAAUGAAGAUAUUGAUCUAAUGAUCAGCAGGCAAAGAUUAUGUGCUGUUCCACCACCAAACUUUGAGAUGCCAGUUUCUAUUCCAGUGUCCAACCACAACAGUUUGGUAUACAGUAACCCAGUCAGCUCACUGGGAAACCCCAACCUUUUACCACUGGCUCAUCCUUCUUUGCAAAGGAAUAGCAUGUCUCCUGGUGUGACACAUCGGCCUCCAAGUGCAGGUAACACAGGUGGCCUGAUGGGUGGGGACCUCACAACCGGUGCAGGCACCAGUGCAGGACAACUGCAAUGCCAUCAGAGCGCUUUUCAUCUUUUUAAACUUAAAGAGCAAGUUCCCAUUGACAGUUGUAGGAUCUGCAUGGCAAGAAUGGGAAAUGGAUAUGGAAACCCCCGCAACUCACCAGGUCUGCUGGUCUCACCUGGCAACUUGAACAAGAAUAUGCAAGCAAAAUCUCCACCUCCAAUGAAUUUGGGAAUGAACAAUCGUAAACCAGACCUCCGUGUGCUUAUUCCACCUGGCAGCAAGAGUACCAUGCCAUCAGUGAAUCAAAGGAUAAAUAACUCCCAGUCUGCUCAGUCAUUGGCUACUCCAGUGGUUUCCGUAGCAACUCCUACUCUACCAGGGCAAGGGAUGGGAGGAUACCCAUCAGCCAUCUCAACAACAUAUGGUACUGAAUAUUCUCUGAGUAGUGCAGAUAUAUCAUCUCUCUCUGGUUUUAAUACAGCCAGUGCUCUUCAUCUUGGUUCUGUAACUGGCUGGCAGCAGCAACACCUACAUAAUAUGCCACCAUCUGCCCUCAGUCAAUUGGGAGCUUGCACUAGCACUCAUUUAUCUCAGAGUACAAAUCUCUCCCUGCCUUCUACUCAAAGCCUCAACAUCAAGUCAGAACCUGUUUCUCCUCCUAGAGAUCGUACCACCACACCAUCGAGAUACCAACAGCACACGCGCCAUGAGGCGGGGAGAUCUCCUGUUGACAGUUUGAGCAGCUGUAGCAGUUCCUACGAUGGAAGUGACCGAGAAGAUCACCGGAAUGAAUUCCACUCCCCCAUUGGACUCACCAGACCUUCGCCGGACGAAAGGGAAAGCCCCUCUGUCAAGCGCAUGCGGCUCUCUGAAGGAUGGGCAACAUGAUAACAUUAUAACCUAUUAGUUGAGAUUUUUUUUCUUGCAGUGUGUGUGUGCUAUACUUUAAUGGGAGGGGGGAGGGGGGAAGGGUCGAUAUACAUUAUAUGUGCUGUGUGUGAAAAAAAAAGUCAGGUACUCUGUUUUGUAAAAGUACUUUUAACUUGCCUCAGUGAUGCAGUAUAAGGAUAAACAGAAAUGCUGAGAUAAGCUUAGCACUUGAGUUGUACAACAGAACACUUGUACAAAAUAGAUUUUAAGGCUAAUUUCUUUUCACUGUUGUGCUCCCUUGCAAAAUGUAUGUUACAAUAGAUAGUGUCAUGUUGCAGGUUCAACGUUAUUUACAUGUAAAUAGACAAAAUGAAAACAUUUGCCAGAAAUGGCAGAUCUUUACUGAGAGAGAAAGCAGCUGUUAUGCAACAUAUAGAAAAUGUACAGAUGUUUUGACAGAUCCAGCAGUUAGGUGGCCAUGAAUUGAUGCUAGAAAGAGACUGAAUCACCUAACAUACUGAAAAUGCUCACAAACAUGCAGGCAUUUUGUUAGAGUAUGGUGCUCAGUUAAAAAGGAUCAAACCAUUUCAAGAGUACCAUACUUAUAGAAAUGUUGAGUUCGAGGGCUGACAUACUUAAUUUCAAAAAUUCUGGGUCUGCAUCACUUAUUAAAUAAAAAAGUAUAAAAAUAUGUACAUUACAUUUAGCUUAUUUUCAUAUUAAAAAGUAAGACAGAGUUUGCAAAGCAUUUGUGGCUUUUGUAGUUUCCUUAAGCCAAAAUUUGUUCUUUUUCCCUUGAUAGCUUUGCUAAUCUUUUAAGCAGUCCUGAAGAAACAAACAAAAUUACUUUCUGUAUAGAAAGCACUACCCUAAGCCUUGAGCAACUCCAUGCUUUGCUAAUCAAGAUAACUGUUUUCUCUUUGCAGAAGUUUUGUUUUUGAAAUGUGUAUUUCUAAUUAUAUAAAAUACUAAGAAUCUUUAAAAAAAAAUCUGUGAAAUUAACAUGCUUGUGUAUAGCUUUCUAAUAUAUAAUAAUUAUGGUAAUAGUUUUUGUUCUCUUGAUAGUGGGGAAUUAUAUUUGUGCAGUUGCACAUUUAACUAUUUUCUUUUGGUUUUCUUUUAGUGGGUAUACAUUUUACAGGUCCAAGUCAGCUGCUGAAAGACUGAUCUGUAAAUAAUUAGACUUUACCCAUAGUGUUACAACUUAACUCAUUUUAAUACAGUAUUUUACAAUCAGCUGGGUGAACUGCCAUCCGUUGUAUAUACUGAUUAGUUCUUUCAUGCUGUUUUGUGCAUUGUAACAAGUUAAGGGCCCUUCUAUUACAUAAUGUCCUGCGUAUCUUGUAGUUUUCCAUGGGCUAAAUUACAAAGUGGCGUAACUUGGCCCAUUCUUAUUAAUGAAGCUGGUAUUCUGCCUGUCUGAAUUGAAUGUGCAGCUCUAAUGGCUGUAAGCUAUGUGAGUGCAGGUAAACAUGUGACGAAGCAGCAGGGGGAGGCAAAGGGAGGGAUCAGCACGAAAGUGCCUGCUGGAUAGAUUCCUCCCCUCUUUCACAGACAUAUAACUCUUAAAGAGAUUAUCAGUUAAAGGGUGGUUCAAAAUCAGUUGAUUUUACACAGGCAAUAUUGGCCAGCUGGUUGGUUCUCAUGGACCUCUGCAGUCAUAUCAUCUCACAGUGGGCAUGUUGUUGAGCAACGCUCCCUGUGUGUUUACACCAGACUAGCACUUGCUUCAGAACACAGCAUCCACAUUUUCUCCAGCCUCAUAUUGUUCCUUUGACUAAGAUAGCUUGACCAGAGGGAAUGUGUCAUUUUCUUCAAGUCCCUCUUUGUCCCUCUUGUCUGUUAGAAAAAAAAUGUAUAUUCAAGUGUUUCAGUUUCAUCUUUCUGUUGGAGGGAAAAAGUGUUUAAGCAAAAUGUUAGUGUCAUAGUAAAAGAGUAAUAUUUCUCCUUUUUUAAGAGUCCUUCUAGGUCUCAACUACUUACAUUGACAUUAUGAUGAAAAAUACAGCAGCAACAGCAAAGAACUUUGAAGUGAAAUCCACACUCUUUUUCCACCUAUCCAUGCAGUUGCUGUGCACUGCUCAAUGAUGGAGUAUACCUCUCUGUAGUAGAGAAUGAUGAUCAGACUACAGUGUGCAUUAGGACAUAGACUCUUCAUUUACCAUGACUUUACAGAAGCCUGCUUUACAGGCAUUUUCAGCCAUGCAGGGGCUAGUACAUAAUGUGGAAACUCUUUAAGCAGAAUACUGUGCUACUAAUGCAUUCAUCUUACCUCGUGUAGCAAACUGCAGGGUAAACAAAGAUACGCAUGUUUUAAAAAACCCAAAAAAUAAAUUUAAAAACCCAAAACAAAACAAAACAAGACAAAAAAAAAAAAAAAAAAAAAAAAAAAAAAAAAAAAAAAAAAAAAAAAGGUAAAAUGGGGCCCAUAAUUAAUUUUACAAUACAAAAACCAUUUUCCUCACCCUCAGAUUAACCUGUACUCAUGUUCUCUUUUGAGAAUUUUAAACUUUAGUGUGUCAAAAAUAUGCAAAUGUGUCACAAAUAUACCUUGUCAUUUCAAGAAAAAAUACAAUUUUAUUGGUAUAGCAGUAGAAACUUCUCAGUGGGGAAGGGGAUUUGGUCUAUUGAUAUAUUAAGAAUAGCCAUAUUAAUAGUUUACCUUGCGAUUUGCCUCAGCAACACAUGAAAAAAAUGAAUCAUUUAAUGAAGAUGCAGUGUAUAUUACUGCAAGUAACUAAGCAAAAAGUAGCAUGAAAAGUAUUGCCUGGGCAAUUUUUAUUAACUCUGACAGUGAUUUUUUGUAUAAACACAAGUAGAACUGAAUCACAUGGAAAUAAAUGCCAGUUAGCCCUCUUGUUCCUGCUGCAGAAGGCAACUAACUUAUACUGGCAAAAUUGUGGGGGAUAAUGCAUAUUUGCAAACUGAUCUAAUGAUAAGAAGCACAACUUUGAUUGUGAAGUCACUUUCUGUAAACUAUAACUGUCUACCUUUCUUGUUCCUUUAUCUGUAUCUUACCAUUUAUUGUAUUUGCAAAAGCUAAUUUGGGUUUAUUGUGUGAUUCCUUUGUAUUUAAGGAGCUUGGGGCAGAGCCCUGAAAGAGUAUUAACAUUUACUUUACCUUAACCCAUGCUAUAUGAUGUUUUAGGCAACAUUCUUAAUUGUAAGUUCAAACACCUGAAGUGGCAUUCUAGACAACUGCAAGUAUUGUUAUAGCUAUAUUGUUUAAUCUCUAUUAAAAGGUGUUGUCAGUUAGUGUUUAAUUGCUGGUGACAAUUAUAUGAUAUACUCUAUCUGCACAACAUAUAUAUUGUAUGCAUUGAGCCAUUCACAGUAAAGCUUUGUUCAUUUCAGUGUCUCUCAAAAAUUGUGUUUUAUAACAAAAUGGCUUAUAUUUUUCCCAGAAGAGGAAUUUAGCAAUUUUUAAUGACUAGUGUAAAAAUUACCUGUUGUCCUCAGAUCUUUUUCAGGUAAAGCUAGUAUAAGAAUAGAACUCAUAGGCUGUUUUCAAGGAUGUCAACCCUUUUGCAUUGUAUUUGCAAUCCUAUAUACCCACUUUUAUCUGUAGUCUAACAGCUGUUUGUUUUCCUUCUUCCUUCACCUUGAAGGUAAAUGCUUUGUAAUUUUUUAAAAGCCACAUGAAACCUCAAUAAAGGCUGUUGCCUAAACAUGGCAUACUUCAUCUGUUCCUGUUUGUGCCAUCUGCUGUGAUGUUGUCAGUUAUACGGCAUUAAUUUCCUGCCACUACAGGUCUCUUGAAGGACUGAUGGAACACUGCUGUCUGUUAGAAUGCUUCAGACUGUAGAUGUAAUAAAAGGCUUUUGUUAAAUAUUUUAACCAAAGAUGUGGAGCAAUCCAAGCUUUGAGCCACAGACUUUCUGCAUCAAAAGUAGCCAUUUGAUUAUUUUCGUAGUCUCACGUUGCAUUUCUACCUUCCCUUCUCAUACCUCAGACUGAUCCAUACCUCUAUUUGAUUAAAAAAAAAAAAAAAAAAAAGAAAGAAAGUAAUUUUAAGACAUUGAGUAAUUUAAGAAAGUCAUUUAAAAAAAUUCAAUUAAAAAUGCAGUACUAAAGUCUUCUGUGUAUUUAAUAUCAGACCUGGGUUACUGCAGGCAUUACACUUGGAUUGCUUCAGAUGGUUUGUUGUAUCCUUUUUUUCUUUUUUUUCUUCUCUUUCAUGGGGAUUUGCUUCCAUAAAAUAAUGGUGAUAACAAAAUAGCUUGUAAAUGGGAGCAUACAAGCAUUUGCAACAAAUAUUAAAGUAGAGGCUCACAGCGGCAUAAGCUGGACUUUGUCGCCACUAGAUGACAAGAUGUUAUAACUAAGUUAAACCACAUCUGUGUAUCUCAAGGGACUUAAUUCAGCUGUCUGUAGUGAACAAAAAUGGGAAAAUUUCAAAAGAUUCUCCUGCUGAAAAUAAGGUAUAAUUUGUAUUUUGCAGACAAAUCAGUAAAGUUACUGGCUUUCUUAGUGA